UCCCAUCUCGAUAGGGAUUACGGUGAACAGCGCCAUCUAGUGCUUAUCUUUAUAAACGAAUCAAAGUCUUCACUAUUACCAUACUUUAAACCAUUAUUAAUUGAUAUAGGGUACUUUUUCUUUCUUUCUUUCUUUCUUUCUUUCUUUCUUUCUUUCUUUCUUUCUUUCUUUCUUUUUUUAAAGAUGGAAAUGGCCGUUUCCAGUGUGCUUCAUUUGUUUUUAUCGAUAAUUUUCCGGCCGCCCCCGGAUCUUUCAUAACUUUCCUUCUCCUGAUCAGCCGUUGGAUCAUCUUAACACUAGAAAACGACAAUUUUUUCCCAGGUUGUCAGGAUCUCGUGCCGGGAUGAAUAACAUUCAUGAAGACAGUGUGGAUUUUCAGUCCAAUUCACAAGAGGAAAAGCAGCAGCCCUCUGUUCAGUCAGUCCUGUCCAGAGGAUCCCAGGAGGAAAUCAAGUUCACUAAGGGCCAAGCAGGGCAAAGUGAUGAUGAAUGCAGCACUGACCUGGAAGACGAUAUUUUCACCUCCAGCAGGAGAUUGAAUUUGUCCCCAGCAGAGGUGUACCUAAAGGCCUGCAAGCAGACAGGAGCCGUUCCUGUUUCCUACAUCCUCCGCCACUUGGAUGAUGCUAUUCUAGACCUGAAUUACUAUGGGCUGGGACCUCUGGGGGCCAAAGCUCUGGCUAUCCUUCUGAAAAGUCACAGUGUAGUCACCCACCUCGAGUUGAAAGGGAACUCACUUCAGGCUGAAGGGACACAGUAUCUGAUGGCGAUGCUUUGUGAAAACAUCAGCAUUCAGAGUCUAAAUCUUUCCGACAACAAGCUGGGCCUUAAAGGAGCGGAGGUUAUCUCCAAAAUGCUGUCAGACAAUCAUAAGCUCAAAUCCAUCAACCUCUCAGAAAAUGACUUUAGUGACGCUGCAGCUAAAUGCUUGGCAGAAGCAUUAAAGAAUGAUUUUGCGGUCAAAGAGCUUGACCUUAGUUACAACCGCAUCUGUGAUGCAGGAGGAGAAGACCUGGGUGUCAUGUUAGCAGAGAACAUCGGUAUUGAAGUCCUAAAUCUGAGCUGGAAUCACCUUCUUAUACGUGGCAACGCGGCUCUGAUUGCUGGUCUAAAGGUAAACGCGACACUGAAGCAGCUCCAGCUGUCGAACAGUGGAUUUGGCCGUCCUGUGGUACAGCUGCUGGCUGAAGUGCUGCAAAAAAAUGACACACUUGCGCUGCUGGACCUCAGCAUUAACUGUGUGGAUGAUGAAGCUGUAAGGCUGCUCUGCCAGGGCCUGGCCACCAACGAAACCCUCGAGGUUCUCAAACUCUCUCGCAACCCCAUAACGAAAAUCGGAGCCGUCACGCUGCUCAGAACGGUUAAAAACAACAUGAAAUCAGCACUGGAGGAGAUCGAUAUUUCUAGUGUGCUUGUGUGUGAGACCUUUGUGGAGCUGCUGGAAGAAACCCGUGUGACCCGCCCUGCUCUGCGGUUCCAGUAUUAUAUUCUGCCCUCCAUCGCCAAGAACUUAUUGGCACUCGGGAUCUUUAAGAAGUUCUUUGAAGAGCAAAAUAAGAGCAUCAUAGAUUUCUUCCAGGCUCUGGACAAAGAGGGAACCAUGAAAGUCUCCACCUCUGCCUUCAGGAAGGCUGUAAAGGAAGCUAACAUACCUCUGGAUCAACGGCAGCUUGGCUGGUUGGUCAGGAAGUUUGACAAGAACUGCACGGCAACCAUAGUGUACAGUGUUGUUCAGACAUUUGUGUAGGUGCUGGCAGAGAAACAAAGACGUACAUUAGGACCCAUUGUGCCCUGUGAUUAUUAAAGUAAACAGAAAUACUGAAGAGGUAUCAUACACAGCUGCAAACACUUGAGCCUGUGAUUGUGAAGUGGGAGAAAGGGCCAAGCAACCCUCAAGACUUUGUCAGAGAUGAUCCCAUUAUUUGGAGCUUCUCAAGAGCUGAGCGGCAGGCUGGCUAAUGAGGCUUUGAAGAUCCAUCGCUGGCACACAACUCACAUACGGCAGAGAAUUCGGGGAGCGAAACAGAAUCUGGCACGAGAUAAAAUGUUUUUGCCAAGAUCGGCCGCAAAGACGUCCAUUGCCUCGGCGCUCAGCUUUUAUUUUGCCGGCAUUGCUUUUCCAAGACCUUUUAAAAAGAGACAAAGACUUCCCAGGAGAUGAAUGUGAAUGUGUAAUGUAAAAAGACAGGUUUUUUUUGAAAGAUCAGGAGUAAAGUUAGGAUAAUACUUAUGAAAAUAAAAUAUCUGCCAAGAGAACAGGAAGAAGAGAUUUUUAAAACGAGUAAAAAUAUCUAACACAAUAUCUAAUAUACAACAUU